AUAUCGUCGCUCACAACUCAUAUACAUGAUUCCAAAAUUCCAGAAUCCACAUGAUAUUGAUAUAAAUAUAGAAUGUUCACGAAAUUGCAGUCAAAAGUGUGUGAUAGUUUGUUUAGUCUAGACAGAAUUUUCGGCAGGACCAUGGGAUCAUUGUUUUAUGAUCAUCUUUCGAAUUUGAUUGGAAAAACUUCAGGAAGCGGAUCUCAGGAGGCGACAGGUAGUGAGAAAGCAGCAGUUGGUGGCCGUGUUGACAGUUUCGAUAAACAAAUGAUGGAGAGAGAUCGUAUUGGUGUGUGGGGAAACAGCGACAAUGUUAUCCCCGGAUCCGCUUCCGGGUUGGACAGGAUCCGGCAUCCUGGACUGAAUAAGGGCCUUGCUUUCACAUUCGAGGAACGCCAAACACUUGGUAUACAUGGCCUUUUACCACCCAGAGUUAAGACACAAGAAGAACAACUACAACACUGUAAGAUGUGUUUGGAGAGACUUGACGAUGACCUAAAUAAGUAUUUAUAUCUCAUGGGACUAUUGGAUCGCAAUGAAAAACUGUUCUACAGUCUCGUUCGUAAAUACACGAGUGAGAUUAUGCCCCUAGUAUAUACACCAGUAGUAGGAUUAGCGUGCCAAAAUUUUGGACUAGUUUACAGAAGACCUAGAGGACUUUUCAUAACAAUCUAUGACAGGGAACAUGUAUAUGAUGUGUUGAAAAAUUGGCCGGAAACGGACGUGCGCGUCAUCGUGGUGACCGACGGCGAGCGCAUCCUCGGCCUGGGCGACCAGGGCGCCUGCGGCAUGGGCAUCCCCAUCGGCAAGCUGGCGCUGUACACCGCUCUGGCCGGCAUCAAGCCGCACCAGUGCCUGCCCGUCACCAUCGACGUGGGCACCAACAACGAGAGCCACCUGAACGACCCGCUCUACAUCGGGCUCAGGCAGGAGCGGGUGCGAGGGAGCAAGUACGACGAGCUGAUCGAAGAGUUCAUGCGGGCGGUGGUGCGCCGGUACGGCCAGAACACGCUGAUCCAGUUCGAGGACUUCGGGAACGCGAACGCUUUCAGGUUAUUAGAGAAAUAUCGCAAUAGUUAUUGUACUUUCAAUGACGAUAUUCAAGGAACUGCAAGUGUUGCUGUUGCUGGAGUAUUGGCUUCCCUGAGAAUUACAAAAUUGAAGCUAUCCGAUAAUGUAAUUGUAUUCCAGGGAGCAGGAGAAGCUAAUCUAGGAAUCGCCCAGCUCUGCACCAUGGCGAUGGUGGCCGAGGGCACCUCCGAAGCGGACGCCCGCAAAAAGAUCUGGAUGGUCGACUCCAAGGGCCUCAUCGUGAAGGACCGGCCCGAGGGCGGCAUCAGCGGCCACAAGCAGCACUACGCGCACGCGCACUCGCCCGUCAAGUCACUCGCGGACGUGGUGAAGACCCUCAAGCCGACCAUCCUGAUCGGGGCGGCCGCCGUAGGGGGCGCUUUCACCACGGAGAUCCUGCAAGAGAUGGCCAGGAACAACAAGAGGCCGGUCAUAUUCGCGCUGAGCAACCCCACCACCAAGGCGGAGUGCACCGCCGAAGAGGCCUACAGGGCGACGAAUGGUACAGCCAUAUUUGCCAGUGGCAGUCCAUUUGACCCUGUUACACUGAAUGGAAAAACAUUUCAUCCUGGACAAGGAAAUAAUUCUUAUAUUUUCCCAGGAGUUGGAUUAGCUGCCGUAUGUGCUGGAAUUAGAAACAUUGGAGAAGAUCACUUUUUGAUUGCAGCAGAGGCGUUGUGUAAUUUGGUAACAGAAGAAGAUUUGGAGAAAGGAAGUAUAUACCCUCCGCUUUCUGAUAUUUUGAAUUGUUCAGUUGAAAUAGCAGUCAAGAUUGUUGACUAUUCCUACAAAAAAGGUAAUACAACUGUUUUACCAAAACCUGAAGACACAAAAACAUUCGUCAAGGCGCAAAUGUACAACACACAAUAUCAACCAGCAAUUCCAGCAACGUACCCAAUUCCAAACCAAUAGCUGAAUGAUGCUUGUUCUUGAAGAAUCAAAAUCUGAAAAUUUGAAUGCAAAGUCUUAUUGGCUAUAUUAUACUAUAGGUGAUAUAAUAAAAUGUGGGAGAGCAAUUUAAAACUUUUGUAAGUUUCGUGAAUAUUUUACUUAUUUAUUAAUAUUUGAUAGUUUAUAACAUUAUAUAUUUUAUUUGGUUAGAAUAAAAUUGACAG